GCGUCAGGGGACGCCAGUGCCUGCAGAGGCUGAGCAGGGAAAAAGCCAGUGCCCCAGCGGAAGCACAGCUCAGAGCUGGUCUGCCAUGGACGUCCUGGUCCCACUCCUGCAGCUGCUGGUGCUGCUUCUUACCCUGCCCCUGCACCUCAUGGCUCUGCUGGGCUGCUGGCAGCCCCUGUGCAAAAGCUACUUCCCCUACCUGAUGGCCGUGCUGACUCCCAAGAGCAACCGCAAGAUGGAGAGCAAGAAACGGGAGCUCUUCAGCCAGAUAAAGGGGCUUACAGGAGCCUCCGGGAAAGUGGCCCUACUGGAGCUGGGCUGCGGAACCGGAGCCAACUUUCAGUUCUACCCACCGGGCUGCAGGGUCACCUGCCUAGACCCAAAUCCCCACUUUGAGAAGUUCCUGACAAAGAGCAUGGCUGAGAACAGGCACCUCCAAUAUGAGCGGUUUGUGGUGGCUCCUGGAGAGGACAUGAAACAGCUGGCUGAUGGCUCCAUGGAUGUGGUGGUCUGCACCCUGGUGCUGUGCUCUGUGCAGAGCCCGAGGAAGGUCCUGCAGGAGGUCCGGAGAGUACUGAGGCCGGGAGGUGUGCUGUUUUUCUGGGAGCAUGUGGCAGAACCAUAUGGAAGCUGGGCCUUCAUGUGGCAGCAAGUUUUCGAGCCCACUUGGAAACACAUUGGGGACGGCUGCUGCCUCACCAGAGAGACCUGGAAGGAUCUUGAGAACGCCCAGUUCUCUGAAAUCCAAAUGGAACGACAGCCCCCUCCCCUCAAGUGGCUACCUGUUGGGCCCCACAUCAUGGGAAAGGCUGUCAAAUAAUCUUUUCCAAGCCCCAAGGCACUCAUUUGCUCCUUCCCCAGCCUCCAAUUAGAACAAGCCACCCACCAGCCUAUCUAUCUUCCACUGAGAGGGACCUAGCAGAAUGAGAGAAGCCAGUCAUGUACCACCUCCUAGUCCCUCUCUCCCCAACCUCUGCCAGGGCAAUCUCUAACUUCAGUCCACCUUCGACAGUGAAAAAGCUCUACUUCUACCCUGACCAUAGGGAGGAAACACUGGGACCCUGUUGUAUCCUCAACUGCAAGUUUCUGGACUAGUCUCCCAACGUUUGCCUCCCAAUGUUGUCCCUUUCCUUUGUUCCCAUAGUAAAGCUCCUCUCGCUUUCCUCCUGAGGCUAUACCCAUGUGUCUCUAGGAACUGGUCACAAAAGUCAUGGUGCAUGCAUCCCUGCCAAGCCCCCCGACCCUCUCUCCCCACUACCACCUUCAUCCUGAGCUGGGGGCACCAGGAAGAAUCAGAGACGCUGGGGAUGACGGAGCAAGACUCUAAGAGGCAAAGGUUUUGUUCUCAAAUAUUUUUUAAUAAAUAGACGAAACCACGAAA